CCUGAACGGUAAAGAAAAAAAAAGAAAAGGAAAAGGAAAAGACCCAGAGCAUUCAGGUCAGCUGCUGAUGUAUUACGUUGAAAACGAAGUCGUUUUCAAGGAAUAAUAAUACAUAUUACAUAGGCAGCCAAGGAAGGAGCUGAAGUAGAGCAGAGUAUCGAGUCCAGUCGAGUCAACUCUGUGGAUCAUCAUCAUCAUCAAUGGAAGAAAUGGUAUCAGCAAAUAAAGAGACUAGAUCAUCAUCAUCAUCAUCAUCAUCAAAAUUUAUAAUCGAAGAAUGGAAUGGAUCUUCUUCAUCAAAACUCUUUAAAACUGCGACUAUAACUACUUCUCCUUAUCUAUCCAUCCAGAGAUCUGGAAGUCGUUUUAAUCACGUCUGGAGACGAGUCCUUCAAGCGUUUGUACCCGAGGGAUUUCCAAGCAGUGUAACACCAGAUUAUGCCCCUUUUCAAGUAUGGGAUUCAUUGCAGGGUCUUUCAACUUACAUAAGGACCAUGCUUUCAACACAAGCUCUCUUGAGUGCAAUUGGGGUUGGUGAGAAAUCAGCUACUGUCAUUGGUGCCACAUUUCAGUGGUUUUUGAGGGACUUAACAGGAAUGCUUGGAGGCAUACUCUUUACAUUUUACCAGGGCUCAGACCUGGAUAGCAAUGCCAAGAUGUGGCGUUUAGUUGCUGACCUUAUGAAUGAUCUCGGAAUGUUGAUGGACCUUCUUUCCCCUUUGUUUCCUUCCGCUUUUAUUUUUGUUGUUUGCUUAGGAAGCUUAUCAAGAUCAUUCACUGGUGUUGCUAGUGGUGCAACUAGAGCUGCUUUGACUCAGCAUUUUGCCCUUCAGAACAAUGCUGCAGAUAUAUCUGCCAAGGAAGGAAGUCAAGAAACAGUCGCAACAAUGAUUGGCAUGGCCUUAGGAAUGAUCCUCGCUCGAAUAACAAUGGGACUCCCUCUAGCCAUUUGGUUUUCUUUUCUUUCUCUCACCGUGUUCCAUAUGUAUGCAAACUACAGGGCUGUUGGGUGCCUUGCUUUGACUUCUUUAAAUAUUGAGAGGAGCGCUAUUCUCUUCCAGCAUUUCAUGGAGACUGGCCAAGUUCUCUCUCCUGAGCAGGUCUCUAGAAUGGAACAUGUUUUACCAACAUGGAUCACUUCUUGGAGUUUAAAAAAGGUCAAGUUACUACAUGCCAAUGUGCGCUUGGGUGUGAGAGUUUCUUCACUUGAUCACCAGGAAAUGAAGGAGGUGUUGCUUUCUGCAGGAUCUCAUUAUCUUAAAGCAAAAUACUUGCUGGUGGAGAGGAAGGGAAUCAUCAAUGUUAUAAUGCACAAAAAUUCAACAGCUUCAGAUGUCUUGCAAUCGUUUAUUCACGCUCUUGUUAUGGCCAAACUCAUGCAAAAAAGUACAUCUGUCUAUUUGGAGAGCCAGUCAUGGAUGGAUAAACAUUAUGAAGUUUUUCUUCAAAAGCUAAGUUCGUUGGGUUGGAAAACAGGGCGCCUUCUUUCCCCUCCAGUCAUCUGGAAGGCGAACUGGACAGAUGUUUCAUCAGAUGAUAAAAUCGACUAGCAAAUUAAUUUAACAACGUGGCCAUCAACUGAGGCUUGAUACUGCCGUGAACACUGAAGAGCGAGGCUUUUUAGAUGGUACACAUCCGUGGUGCCAUAAUAUGAGAACGGUAACUCUUUGUCUUGAAGCAGCUCCGCAAUAGAUGCUCUUGGUAGGCUUAGAAUUAUGAAUUUUUGGUGUUUCCAGAACCAUGUAUACUUUAAAAAGUUGGAUAUGUCAUUGGCUAAUGGUCCAAUGACCUCUUUUCUGUAGGAACUAGUAAUAUGAACCACUUUGAUACUAUAUAGCUUAGCUUGACGAUCUGGGAUGGUGGUUUGCAGUAACCACAGGGAACUUGUUUGAGGGCAGCACACCUGCUCCUGCGAAUUGUUUUGGAGGCUAUAAUAGAGAAUCAGUUUUUGCCUUCUGAA